UAAGUGUCUAAACAUAGGUGCCACAAAAAUAAUAUCAGUGGUGUGGUGCUUGUUAUUUUCUGGAUUUCGUUGUCCUGUUAAGACUAUUUGUCAUAUUGCUGAAUUGUUAUUUUUUAACUACAACAUUAAUCGAUAACUUUAUUAAAAACAUGCAUUAAAAAUCCAUACCUCUGUCUAUAUAGUUGUGUUGUUUACGCAUGCCGUUGUUGGGACGUACAUAUGAUACUUUUUCAGAUUCUGAAAAAUAAAACGGUCUACAUACAUAAAUUUCGGAAAUUUACUAAGGGAAUAAAACUCAGGAAAUAAAAUUAUAUAUAAUAACCUAACACAUACAUAUUCCUGCAUUGGUGUAUGUACGCAUGUGAGAAAUGAUUUGGUACGUCCUGUGAAGUACAAAAAGUGUAUAAUGGAUACAAACUCCGUUGACAUGGAAUACGAACGUUAUGGAAUACUAGUACAAAAUGAACAAUACGAUGAAGAUAUAACAAAGCCUGAUGACAUUCAAAAAAUUAAUAUCAACAAUGCCGUUUUUAUUCCGGACGGCAUUUCCAGCAGCGGUCAAAUAAAUGAACAAAGAAAUAAAAUGUUUGAUUCGUUCCUUCAGUCGGAAACUCAGUUUAGUGAAAACGUAAUGAAUACAAGUAUGCAUGGAAAACAGUUACUGAAAGCAUCGGAGAACGUUUGCCCAUCUAAAAUAAAGAAGAAUGCCAAGAACUAUUUGACAAACUUUGAAAUGGCGGAAAACAGUUUUAAGAACAUCGAUUGCUCCGAAGAGCACGAAAUUUCAAAGGCGUUGGUAAAUUGCCUUCAAAACAAUGUAAGAGAAAUAAAAGAGUCUGAUAUUGGCAGCCGCAUUACUGAAACUUCCGAAACAAUUGGGCUUAUAUCAUCUGGAAAGUCGAGACGCUGGGAACAAAAACUAGUUCAAAUUAAAACUAUGGAAGGGGAAUUCAGUGUAACUAUGUGGGCAUCUGGAACAUCCGAUGACGAGUACUCUGGGUCUGAGCAAAAUAUUGGCGAAACGGAUUUUAUGAAAGAAAAAGAUAACUCAUCUGAUGGGGCAAUGGUCAUUUCACAGAGCCAUGAAACUGAAUUAGACUUUGGACACGAGGAAACUAUGUUACGGCAACAGCUGUUGUUCCAUCAAGAAUUGCAAAUGCAGCGGCAGUUAAAUGCUGUUCCGUUAACAGGACAGUUACCAAAGGAGAAAAAGCUUCCUGCGCAAGUAAAGAAUCCUUCCGUUAAAAGCCUCACCAAAUCAAUGUCCAGUUGUGAAACUCAACCUUUGUUAACAAAUUCCAUUAUAAGUGCCCAGGCUAUAAAUCGGUCUAGCGCUAUUACAAUUGAAAGUCACAGAUUAUUAGAUAAUGAUAAUGAUUGCGAUUCACAUUCGGUAGGAACACUGCCUUUUGGUCUUGUUCUGCAAGGAAGUCUACAAUCAGAUAGAUCGUCAACUCCACCUCAACAACCAUAUAAUGAAAACUUGGGAGCUUCAGUCACAACCCCUUAUCUGGAACUGAACAAUUCCCAUGACUUGGUGGCUUAUCCAAACGAUAAAAAAAUAGCAUGCCCCCAUAAAGGAUGUCAUAAAAAUUUCAGAGACUCGUCUGCAAUGCGCAAACAUUUACAUACGCAUGGUCCUCGUGUGCAUGUUUGUGCAGAGUGCGGAAAAGCUUUUGUAGAAAGUUCUAAACUAAAAAGACACCAGCUCGUUCACACCGGAGAAAAACCAUUUCAGUGUACUUUUGAAGGAUGUGGAAAACGUUUUUCCCUUGAUUUUAACUUAAGGACACACGUAAGAAUACACACCGGAGACAGGCCAUUUGUUUGCCCCUUUGAUUCCUGCAAUAAAAAAUUUGCUCAGUCCACAAAUUUAAAAUCACACAUAUUAACUCAUGCAAAAGCAAAGAGGAACACAGGUACUAUGCGCCACAGUACUUGUUCGAACAACGAUUCAAACAGUCCUAGUGAUGAAAGAAAUUCAACAAAUUAUAUUAAGGUAGAAUUGCGAGAUAAUGUUUCAGAAAACAAUGUUCCCUUUGUAGUGUAUGCAGACUAACAAGUUUGUAUAUUUUUAAAUGGUAUGAAUAGAAUAUAUGUAUUGUAAGAUUAUGUUUAUAAUAUAGUAUGUAAGAAUCUUUCCCAAACAUACAUGGAUGAAAAUAAAAGUAAAAUGCUUCUCAACAAAA